AUGUUUAAACAAAUAAUUGUAGCUACUAUUUUCUUGGUAGCCUUUUCUGCUGUCAUUGCUCAAUGCAACCCUGUCGUAAGACUUGCAGUUGAAGAAGAAGAACAAGAUGUUGUUCCAUCAUGCUCAUCAUGUUAUGUAUCCAUGGAUUCCUCUAUUGCUGUCUUGAAUCAAAUCCUCCGUAAUAAUAACAAUUUCGAAUAUUGUCUCGAUCUUUGUGACCAACUUUCAAAUAAUAAUAGAGUAUCAUGUAAUCUUACUUGUGAAAGUCUUGGAUAUAGCCAAUUUGUCUAUUUUAUCGGUCAAGACAAUGCUGACCCAAUUGCUUUGUGUCAAUAUGCCGGUAUUUGUCCAGCAAAUAGUAAUCCAAGUGGUGAUGUCAGAAUCUUGACUGUCACUCCAGCCUAUGCUCCAAUUGGAACACCUUUUAACAUUAGCAUGAGUUUCAAUGGUCUUGUCCAAGCUGGUCAAGCCCAAGUCAUCGUAAACUCACCAUUGCAAUCACCAAUCAUCAUUUCCAAUCAAUUAUUGGUCAAUUUCAAUGCUACUAGUUCAAUCACCUUUAUUAUGAACACUAGUGCAGCAACAAUGUCUGGUAUCUACCAGAUUACAGGUCUUAUUUGUGCUGACUCCUGUGAGUCAAAUGAUAUUAAUGCCAAAGUUUUGGACAAGGCAACUGCUUCAUUUUCAGUCUAUCUACAAUAA